AUGGCGCCCGUUGGCAAGAUUUACUCUUACCCUAACAACUUCCGCGUUCAACGAGCGCAAGCCAUCGCAGCACUCAAUGGCCUUGAGCUCGAGGUGCCCUCCGACUUCCAGUUCGGCAAGGACAACAAGACCCCCGAGUUCCUGGCCAAGUUCCCCUUCGGCAAGGUUCCUGCGUUCGAGUCGGCCGACGGCAAGUUCUGCUUCGCCGAGGCGCAGGCCAUCGCGCGCUAUCUUGCCGAGAUUGGGCCCAAGGCCGGCCAGCUUCUGGGCGAGGACCCCCAGACGCGCGCCAUCAUCGAGCAGUGGUGCUGCUUCGCUGAGCAGGAAAUGGGCGCCUACACCAGCCCGCCCCUCGUCAUGGUCCUCUUCAAGGUCCAACCGUUUGAGGAGGCGUGGUACAACAGGUCCAUGGACAACUUUGCCCGCGCGCUGAAAAGGCUGGAUGUGGCUGUGAAGGGCAAGAAGUUCCUUGUGGGUGAUCAGCUGACGCUCGCAGAUAUCAUGGUCCUUGGGCCGCUGCAGCUGGCGGGGAGGUUCAUGAUGGAUGCUGAGAUGCGCAAGGAAGCCCCCAACGUGGAGGGGUAUAUGAAGGGACUGCUGGAGAUUCCGGAGCUUAGGCAGGCGUUUGGGGAGCCGCAGCUGUGUGAGAAGAGGAUGACGGUGUAA